CUUAACGGCGGCUGUCCCCGGCGGCGGAGAGGGCUGGCAGGGAGGGAGCGGGUGGACCCGCCGGGGCCGCAGCUGGCGAUGCCUCCCCUGCGGCCGGGGGCCCCGCGCGGCCCACGGGCAGCCUCCGCCGUGGUGCCCCGCCGGCUCCCGGUGCUGGCCGGCGGCUGCGGGGAGCGGGGGGCCGGUACUCGCCGCUAAGCCGCUACAUCGGGAAGGGAAGAGAAAGGGGAGCGAUGUCCUCACUGGUGAAGGAGGACCUGGCGAAGAGACUGUUCGGGCCCCGGCGGCGGCGGCUGCAGGAGUUCAUCGAGGUGGAGGGCACGGGAGCCGGGCGCUGCUACCUGUGCGCCGCAGUGACUAAAAGUGAAGAAGUAGAAAUAUGUAUGGUUAAACACUUGCGAGUGGAUCUAGAGGAGAAAUAUGAAAUACUUGAAAAAUGGUUUUUGAAAGAUCUGGAGAUGAUUGAUGGAAAAGAAGCAGACACUGAUAAUCCGUAUUUUGAUAUGCACUUCCACAAAGUCUACAACCUGGAAGCAUAUAGCUGUGCAUCUAAAUAUACCUUUGCUCGAACGCUGAACAAACUCAAUGAAAUCUACCUUAAGAAGGACUUGAAGAUUGUGAACUUUGAUGACACCUACCUAAAUGAUGAUUCAAUCUGGUCAUCCAACAAUAGGGAUUGCUUGGUACUUAUGAGGAUAUGCUUCUAUGCUUCCAACCUUUUGUGUCUCUCCCUGUGUCCUUUGUCCUAAAGAUGCAUUUUCUAAUAUUAAGGCAACUGGUUGACUUUCACAAACCAGCAUUUCAUAAAUCAUCUGAUCAAAAAGAUAGUGAUAUGCAGUAUCUGCUUUUUAAUUUAACAUAUAAGUAACAACUGGAACAUACUUUUUACGUAAAUGAUUGACCAUUCAUUUAUAUAUAUUAGGAGGGCCUCGCUCUGGCAAAUACUUACAAAUAUAUGAGACUUUCAACAUAGAACCAGUAAUUCUCAUAGUCAGUGGUGAUUGCUCAUGUAAGUAGAAUUCAGCAUUUUCUCAUAUGUUCAUGGAGGUAUAAACUAUCUUUCAUUAAUAGCCUGAAAUAUUUUUAAAGCAUUAAGAGCAUUAACAGUUAAUUUAUGUUGUGGAAGUAGAUAUAACAAAGCAACCAAAUUAGUCCUGUAUAAGAAUGCUGCACAUUUCCAUUUUCAAAUGGAAUAUAAAUGUAGAUAUAAAUUUAAGAUAUAAAUAUAGAACUCUGUUAAAGGGGUCACACCUGCAUCAAUACAAGAAUCAAACCCUCACUCUGAUGAAUUGCAGUUUUGUAUUCAGGUAUCAUGGGACCAACUUCUCACCUGUGCACUUACGUUAUUUUCCCUCAACAUUAAGUACUCUCUUUGGUCUUCCCAUUACUUACGAUACUGUCUUAGAAACAGACAGUAUUCUCCUUCUUAAGGAGAAUUGCUUUAUUUGUCAGACCUUUCAAAACUUCUUUUCUUUCGUAUCAUUAACAUCUUUCUUGCACUUUAUUGCUUAUGUAUAUGAACAGGCCUGGUUAGAGAACAGAAAUUGUUAUGUCUCUACUUCUGGACAAAGAGUUAACAAACUACUAUGUAAACAGUAGUUGUUGACUACUACAAUUACUUUGUAGGCAAGUGGUAGACUUUUAAAAAUUCAUAAAAUUGAGAGUAAUUUUGUCCAGCUUCUAGCUAUGUGUUAGCGUAUUCAGUGCACUACAU